GAGGCUUCUAUGUGUUCCUGAGCUGGAAACGAUAAUUCAUUGUCUCUCUGCAACUGUUGUUGUUUCCUUAUUCGUAUUUUCAUCAUCAGGGUCUCCUGGUUUCUCCUUCCUUAUUCGCUUUCUCAGCUCCUCUCUGCAUUUCCUUUACAUACAAGCGAAUUGGCCAUCCAAUUCAAGCCCAGUUUAGCUUUCUGGGUCAAUCACGCAAUCCCCAAAUUGCGUUUGCUGUCGUAUGGUGAAUUGGUUUGCUCAUCAAUUAUAGUCUUUAGUUGCAGAGUGUCUGGUGUCUCAGUAGUUUGGUGUUGAACAUAAAGAUGGGAGCUUGUGCGUCCAAGUCUAAAACCAAUGAUGAUGAUGAGUCUGAACAUGCUGUUGAGUUCACCGGUGGGAAGGUGAACCUCAUCACCACCUUAGAACAGUGGGAUCAAAAGUUGGCUGAAGCAAAGACAGAUGGAAAAAUGGUGAUUGCAAACUUCAGUGCAACAUGGUGUGGUCCUUGCAAACAGAUUGCACCAUUAUAUCGGGAGCUGUCUGAGCAAUACACUUCUUUAAUGUUCCUUGUGGUCGAUGUCGAUGAACUUACUGAUUUCAGCACCUCAUGGGAUAUCAAAGCCACUCCUACUUUCUUCUUCCUCCGAGAUGGUCAGCAGAUCGACAAGCUUGUUGGAGCCAACAAGGUGGAGUUGCAGAAGAAGAUAGUUGCCAUUGUAGAUUCCGCCCCAUGUAAGAAAUGAUUAUUUCACUGGUCCAGUUUGUUAUUCGAUGUAUCCUUCUACAUUUGCUGCAGGUUUAUUGACAUUAAUGUAAAAAUUUUCUUGCAAGUUCUUGGAUUGUAAAUAUGAAACACAGUUGAGUUUUGUUA